AUGGGUCAGCGAGAGUCUAUCCUGUGCUCGGAACUGCCAUCUCUUCUACGGGCCUACGAGGAGAAGCACGACAUCAUCAUCCUGGAUCUUCCUGACUUCGACAAUGUCGUCAAGCAAUCCGAGUCGCACCCUGACCUGGCGCUUGACCCAGAGAACCUAUUCCAGUUCCUCUCUAUCUGCACUCAGCUCGGACGGUCCGCUCCUCCGUCUCCUCCUCUGACAGGUCGUCAGCUCCCGCACUCCGCCUCCCUCCCGCCCACCUCAUUCAGGCAACACAUGGACAAGACGCCCCGUCCUAGGACGCAUAACCGGCGGCUUUCGGACCGGAUCCGCUCACCUUCAGAUUCGAGCUCUUCCGAUGAAGACAGGGGACACAGUACCUUCCGGCCAAGAGCGGGUCGCCAGCAGUCGGCUCCGCCUAUACCGUUCAACACAUCCCGUUCAUCCUCCAACAUCCCCGGCCUCGAUCAGCAGCCCCUCCCGCCUCUUCCGGCCGGACAUCGCGCGAGAACACGUACCGAUUCCGGAGGCAAGGAGUCUCCCUUGGCCCAGCGAGUCCGAGCGGGCGGGAAAGGCAAACCCCCGAGCUCAUUCGCCUUUGGUGGAGCGACGUCGUUCGCUCGUCCAAGCCCUGCGUCUCGCCGACGAAGGGGAUCGACUUCUGGCCAGUCCGCCUCCGGCGCGGAAGAUGCAAAAUCGCCCGACUUCUCGGCUUCCGGUUGGUCUAUGUCGUCCGCUUCAUUGGCUAUGGGCUCAUCGCCCAUCAUGUCGCCCACAUCGCCAAGAUCAGCCAAUGGCCUGGACUACACAAGCUACCACGAGCAAGCCAAGUCUCCAGAGGCGAUGAGCGAGGCAGGCGCUGUGGAGGAUGACAUGGCUAUGGGAGGUGAGGGUGAGCAGGACGGUGGUGGCGACGAGGCGGAGGAGGUAGAUGAUCUGAGGGACAUGCAGGAGGUUGAGGAUCCGAGGCUGAGCACCCUCUCUACGGAGUCAUCAGCGAGUCUGCGGACCAGCCACGACAAGCUACGGUCGCUUCAGAAGCAGAACACCGAGCUGUCGCGCAAGUUGCGAGACUCAGAACGCCAAUUGGCUGUCAUCGGAUCCGAGAACGAGAGGCUUGUCGAGGACCUGCAGGACAAACUCGAGGAGGCCAGAUCGGAGAUUACUCAACGACGGAAAGAGGAGAAGGAGUGGAAAGGGAAGGAGAGGUUGUUGAUGAUACAGAUAUCUGCGUUUGAAGCGGAUAUCUCGUCUCUACAGCGGACAGUCGAGAAUUCGAAGCAGAACCACGCAAACAUGCAGAAGAUGUACAACUCGCAAUGCGAUGAGGCCCAGCGCCUCCGCGACCUGCUUCGUGAUCGCGACAAUGAGAUCCGGGACUUCGAGUCCGCCGUUCAAGGCCAUGAAGCUGAUGAGGAAAAGUACUCUGGAGAGAUUACCGUCCUCGAAGCCGAGAUCAAGCGCCUCGAGUCCGAUCUCUCCUCGGCGCGCACCGCAGAAGGCUACCUCGAGACGCAAAAGCAAGAGAAUCUUCAGCUCAAGGAGACAAUCGAUCGGAUGCGAUUCGACCUGGACGAGGCGCGCGCAGCUGCGACGAAGGGAACGGGGCACGUUCGAGGUCCCACGGGAUCCAGCGGGCCGGCAACGCUGAGUCGGAAUCUGGGUGAUGAGUUGCAUCGGCGCCUUCUCGAUGCGGAGCGGGUGCAGGAGGCGGAAGAGGAGGAUGAGGCGGAGAGAAUUCAGACUACUACCAAGACCGAGACUGUCAUCACUACGCGUCCGCGAAAGUCUGCUAAUAAGGCUGGAGGUGAUGGAAGCGUCACUCCCAAAGCGACUGUCCGGAUCGAGGAAGAGAUACGGGAGUAUGCCGACGUCGGGACAAUUACCGACCCGCCUGCUAUCGAGCCCGUCAUCGCAGAUCAGCCCGAAGCGGGACCGUCCUCGUCGAAAGGAGCAGUACCGGACGAGCCGCCAGCGUACACCCGAGUCCCGGAUCCGCUUAGCGAAGCCGAGGUGCUUUUGCGUGCUCAUCCCCGUGAUCAAGAGACGGGAGAGGAGGUGGAUGAGGACUAUGAGUCAUUGGUCGAGUCUCUGGGCGUGAGAUGUACUGUGCUCGAGGCGGAGAUGAAGAAGCGGAUGGGCGCACAGGGGAAGUUGGUCACUGGUGGAGCAGGCACCCCAACAUCGACACCGCCUAGCUCAUUCUCCCGCCGAAAGUCAAAUAGACCCGGGAUCAUCAACUACGUCUUCUACCAGAACAACAACAUGGGCAAUGUGGCAUUAUGUGCGGGAUUGUUUCUGAUGUUGGGCCUCACGAUCGGCGCACAAGUCUUCUCCCCUCCGGCGGGCAUGCACCCCAGGGAUGCCCAGCUGUUCAGCACGAUGAACAGCCUCGCAAUGGGUGCGGGCGUAGGCGAGGGUUUCUUGCCUACGAGUAAGCGGGCGUGGGAGGUUACGAGGAUGGCGGCGGGGCGGGUGCCGACUUAG